UGUGCAACACUGUUCUUCCGAAACUCGUGCUCUUGCACACUUGUGAAUGUUAUUGUUACAGCUACUUCGCAUGCAAUUUGUUUUGCUAAGUAAAUGCGUUAAAUAUAAUUAAGAAGUCACGCCAUGUCCACGCGACGGCAACGCAUUAAGGCCACUGCCAAUCUAACUCAAAUCAAGCGCAAACCGCGCAGAGGCGAAACAGAUCCGGAACCACAAGCUGAGCCCGAACCCCUCCCAACCGCUCUCGCUAAGCAGGAGCAUCUAGAUGAAGAUGCAGCUGAAGUUGCUUUUAAAAUGCCCGCUGCCAGUAGCGCAGGCCAGUUGGAUGAUGUGUUUCAUUCAGAUCUGGAGGAUAAUGUCAUUCAAAUGGAUUUGCAGAAGAGUUCGAGUGGAUUCCCCAUGUCACCCAGUAAGGCGCAGGCACGCCAGCGGUUGCGACCCACUCCUGUUUUUGGGCAACGACGCAACAGCUUUGUGGGUUCGCCUCUGGCGGCCGAUUUGGAGGGUGACUAUCAGUCGCCUGGCACGCCAACAAGACGAGAGCGUUACCUAAGCGGAUCAUCAGUGAGUGGCGGGAGCGGAACGCCGCAACAGGUACAGGCAUCGCCCAAAUACUUUCCAGCUGGUGUUAUGAGUCCAGGCAUGGGGCGCAUACGCACCGAGUCGAGCUGUUCUGUUUACUCCGACAGUGGCGGAGGCGGCGCUAAACCGCGCAAAGGAGAGGGGGAUAAGGCACAAACUCAGGCGCAGCAGCGCGUUAAUGCAAAGCGAGAUUUCGAGACGCGCUUUAACAAGGGCAUACCCGAUAAGUCGACAUUCAAAAUGUUUGACAUGAUCUUUUAUAAUCCCGAGAGCAAUCCAAUGGAGCAAAAGCCUGUGGUGACGACCAUCAAGGCGGAGGCUAGUGGCAGCUCCAGCGUCAGCGAUAUCUCAGAUGAGUCUAAACCCACCUCGGCUGAGCUGCUGGAGACCAAAACUGAACCAUCAGCAAAUGCAGCAAUGCCGGUGCCACAACUAAAACUUGAUGCUAAUGGGGAGAUGAUAAUAGACGAGAAAACUCUGGAGAUUGAAACCACCGCCGAGGUGGAAGCGCGCAAAGUUUUGGCAAACUCGUCGCUGAUUCUCAUGGAUGAAACAACUGGAGACAAUGGAUUUUACAAGCGGCAUAAGCGUACGCCCACCUGGACAUCGGAUGAUACGGUGCGCUUCUAUCGAAGUCUACAAAUCAUUGGCACCGAUUUCUCCCUGAUGUGCCAAAUGUUUCCUAAGCGCACUCGACGUGAUCUUAAGCUCAAGUACAAGCGCGAGGAGCGCAUAAAUGGGCAGCUAAUUAAUAAGGCGCUGCUUUAUCCAAAGGCAUUCAAUAUUCAGGAGCUGAAAGAUCAACUCGAGCAGGAGGAUCGCGAGCGAGCUGAGGCAGAUCGCGAGUGGCAGGAAAUCGUUACAGCUCAAGCGGAAAAUACCAAAAAGCGCUCGAAGUCGCAACACAGCAAAGCGGCACGCACCCUCAGCGAUGGGGAUCUAGUGUACGAGAACGAGCACGUGACCAAGCAAAAACUGGGCAAGCAUGCGCUGGCCAAGCGCCGUGCAGCGUUAGAUAGCCAAAAUGGAGCGGAAGCACCAAAGCGCAAGCGUCGGCCCCUAAAACAGCAACUUGAACAGGAUCAGGCGCAGCUGCGAAACGUCAAGCAGAAAUUGCAGCAAAAGUUGCAGCAGAAGGUGCAGCAGCAACAGAAAGAGCAGUUGGAGACGCAACAACCAGUUCCCGUGCACAUUUUACGAGUGUUUCCUCCUGCUAUUAAAAAAGAAAAGGAAAUGGAUACGGAACAAAUAAGCAGUGAUCCUUUGAUCGAGACCAAGGCUGAGCAGUUGCAGCAGGAGCUUAACUCUUUGUUGGACGAGGGACAGAAUGAGAUCAACGACAAGUCCGGGUUGCGCGACCUGGACGAUGGUGCGCAUAACUAUGUAAGCGACGUGGACACGGUCACAGAUAGCGAGACGGUUUAUACUCCAGAGACGGACACAACAUAUAUAGUUGAUUUUAUUUCGGAGACACCUCUGUUAGAAAGUCCCAACACGGAGAGUGUAAGCGAGCACGAUAUUGAACAAAUACUGGCCGAACUGUCGGAAGGCUCAAUGGUGUUGGUGUCCUCGUUGGAUGCAGAGCAGGAGGAUCGCGUUAUUAAUGAGAUAUACAUGUACGACCAACAAACGGGGGAGCUGUGUGAGCAUCCACUGAAAAUACCUGAGCAUAUUGUUCAGUGUAUAUUGAAUGUUAUGAGCUAGGCUAAAGUUUAUUAUAUACCUAAUGUUAAUUCGCUAGUUUUUAAUUUCUUGGUAUUUGUUGAUAUAUAACUUAUUCAAAUCAAUAAAACUAAAUAGUCACACAGUC